UGUCAGCCAACACACGGCUGUUCUGAAGUAGUCACUGGCACAUAGAGGCCGUUAGAGACACAACAUAUUUACUUUGAAAUACGCUACUUCAGUUAUUAGACACGAUCGAGAACCUGCCUGAGUAAUAACGAAUUUGACCCGGAGUCGUUAAGGCUGUGCAGGGUGAAGUCGGGGGAGACGGACAGGAAAAAAAAACAAAGAUGGCUGUGUAACCAGAGAGACGAGUCCCAGCAGAACUGUCUCUAUCCGCGGCUUUAAUAACCGACAGGUCCAGUUGGUCCCGUGGACAGUCAGCCGGUACCGGAGCAGGGACGUUAGAUGAGCAGCCGAGCUGGGCCGCCGGUGUACAUCGUUGUAAUCUGCUGUCAUAGCGAAUAACGGCGUCGAGAGUACAACAACAGCUGAGAGACGCCUGAGUUGUUUUUGUUCUGCCUGGGCAAAGGGAGAGGACUGCUGUGUUUUUGUCAACGUAGCUAGCCGCAUAGUCUGCUAGCCUCACUCCUGGUCGCGGCAGGUACACCUCAGAGAAAUUUCUAGACAGCCACCGCCAUGUCUUCAAUGGAAGAGAGAGACGUGGGUGUUGUGGCCGCACCUGGCUCCUCCUCGGCCGGCAUGGGGGUCGGGGCCGUGGGGGCAGCGGUGGAGGCUGUCGCCGUGGUCGCAGCCAUGCAGGAGGAGGUCGGGAUACGGCGAGAAGGGCCCGAGCCUGACCCAGACGAGCCACCCAAGAAGAGGGUGAGAGUGCCCGAUGGAGAGUCAGGAAAGCUGGAGGAGAGACUGUACUCAGUGCUGUGCUGCACCGUGUGCCUAGACUUGCCCAAGGCGUCUGUAUACCAGUGUACCAAUGGACACCUGAUGUGUGCAGGCUGUUUUAUCCACCUUCUGGCUGAUUCUCGUCUCAAGGAGGAACAGGCCACAUGUCCCAACUGCAGGUGUGAGAUCAGCAAGAACCUGUGCUGCAGGAACCUUGCAGUGGAGAAGGCUGUCAGUGAACUGCCGACAGAGUGCACCUUCUGCAUAAAACAGUUCCCCCGCUCCAGCUUAGGGAGACACCAGAAAGAGGAGUGCCAAGACAGGGUGACACAGUGCAAGUACAAGAGGAUUGGCUGCCCUUGGCAAGGUCCGUUCCACGAGCUGCCAGCACACGAGAGCGAGUGCUCCCAUCCCAGUAAGACUGGAACAGAGCUGAUGGGGAUACUGGGAGAGAUGGACCAGAACCACCGCAGAGACAUGCAGCUCUACAACAGCAUCUUCGGCCUGCUCUGCUACGAAAAGAUCGGCUUCACAGACAAACUGGUUGCUCUGCUCCAUCCAGAGGUGCAGUUCAGGCCGUACCGCACUGAUGACUUCAUCACUCGUCUGUACUAUGAAACACCGCGCUUCACUGUUCUCAACCAGACGUGGGUGCUGAAGGCCCGUGUUAACGACUCUGAGCGCAACCCCAACCUGUCCUGCAAGCGCACCCUCUCCUUCCAGCUCAUUCUCAAAAGCAAGGUGAACUCUGCCCUUGAGUGCUCCUUCCUGCUGCUGAAGGGGCCGUAUGAUGACGUGCGGAUCAAGCCGGUCAUCCAUCACCACUCCUUCUGCAACGACGCCAACGAGACCGAAUACGUCCCUCUGCCCAUCUCCGAUUCGGUGGAGUGCAACAAACUGCUGGCCGCCAAAAACAUCAACCUGCGCCUGUUCAUUUUCCAAGUCCAAAAAUAAAGAGUAAGGGAAGAAGAAGAAGAAGAAGAAGAAGAAGAAGAAGAAGAAGAAGAAGAAGAAGAAGAAGGGUGAUGGAGGGCGAGGGGCUGAGAGAGAGAGAGGAGUGAUGAAGAUUAAAGAAAGACACCACUGAACCACUGAUACCUCUGAACACCUACACACACACAAAUACACACAUAUGCUCUCACACACAUUCACGCAGGGUACACACACACGCACACACACACACACACACACACACACACACACACACACACACACACACAUACACACACACACACACACACACACACACACACACCCCACUAAUUACACUUACCUCCUUUUACAAGAUAGUGAGACCCCUUGCUCGGGGAGCUGUGAGUUGCAAUGGAGAUGGGUGGGCAUUGUUAUGGGAUGGAGGGGUGGGGUGAAACCUGUGAAGGCACAGGCGGUGGUGUUGGGGUGAGAGGGGGCGGGGAGUUCUGGUGUGUACCUGUGGAGGCUCCCUGAGGUCAUGUUGUGUCGACCUUUCACCCCUGACACCCGCAGCCAAAGGUAGCACACACACCAAACAUAACAGGAUUUGCUGGGGUGUAUUUGUUGUGUGCAUGUGUGUGUGUGUGUGUGUGUCAGAGAAAGAAAAAGAGAGAGAGAGAGAGAGAGAGAGAGAGAGAGAGAGAGAGAGAGAGAGAGAGAGAGAGAGGGAAAGAGAGAGAAAGAGAGAGAGGGAAAGAGAGUUAAGUGACGGACCCUGGGGUGUGGCCCAAACUCUCUGCUUUUAUGUUGAAAUGUCCCAAAGAUGUGAUAAUGUGAAAAAAGAGCGACUGACUCUACGGAGCUGUUCUUUGGACAUGUGAAUGAAUGUGGUGUGAGUGAGUGAGUGAGUGAGUGAGUGAGUGAGUGAGUGAGUGAGUGAGUGAGUGAGAGAGAGUGUUUGUUUGUCCCUUCCCUCUACACCCUUUUUGCCUGAGUCUAGUCAACGAUUUCUUUCUGUUUUGACAAAAGUGUCCAUUUUUAUGUCUCAAGCUUUGCCAGAACAGACGAAAGACGCCGUUUCCCCCGGUGACCCCCUUUUACCUUUAAACAAGAGGAGAGAUGGCCUGGCUGCAUGCAUAUUAUAAGUUCUUCUUCCUCCAGCUGUGGUUUUAUAUAACCUUUAACACUAAUACCAUUUUUAUUUCUCUUAACCCUAAAUAUUUAAGUACCUGUGAACCUUUUUCUUUUUCUUUUGGGUUUUAGCGUGUGUGCGUGUGUGCCUGUGUGUGUAUGUGCGUGCGCGCGUGUGUGUGUAAACAGAUCUGUGAGAUUCUUGUGAACAUGUCCUGAUGUGAAAAACAAUCCUUGAGGACAUGACUGCGUUACCAACAGACCUUCAGGUUCUCUUUGCGUCAGCUGCUUUUUGGUAAUUUGAUUAUUUGCUAAUUAAUUUGGGAAUUUAGUACAAAAGUCCUUUAUAACCACAUUAUCUAGAUCUAACUCUUUAUUAUUACAUUUAUAUCAUGCUCUUAUUUAACAGUUUAUAUUGUUCAAAGAAAUUCUUGAUUUCAAGAAUGUCUGCAGCUAAAUUAUUCAAGAAUUAUUGCAGCUAUAUCAAUAUCAGUGAGUAUGUUGGACGAUAAGUAAAAAGAAAUUGCAGCACAGAAAUGCAAAACUUUGAGGUAAUUCAGAAACCAAUACAUAGUUUGUCCACAAUAGAGCGCUGACACCUUUAUUUAUUAAGGGAUCCGUAACAAAAAAUGUUGUCUAUGUUAUGUGUUAGUAAAACUCCCUAAUACUAGUCGCAUUUUCCCCAAUGACAUCAUAAGAGACCGACUGAAGACUUUUUUUUUAUAUAUGAAUUUGAUCAUGCUCAAAAUUUCAGUUGAAAUAAAACACCAGCUUUGAUUAAUGAGUUUUUUCUUGCUUCAAAUUACCACAAACUAGCUGACGGACAGAACACCUGGGCCAGGUGGUUUUCCAGUGUGAGAAUACUGGUUGGAUUUUGGGUCUCUGCAAAAUACAAGAUGCCAAUGAGAUCGAUGUGUGCACGGCACUUGAUGGAUGAACUCGGAGGCAACAGGGACCCAUGAGGACGGAUCAGAAACCCAGACUGCGAGCUUCUUCGUCUGCUCGGAGCCUAACGGCCCUCUGGAGAAGAUUUCUCUGGAAGAUCAGACUUUGGGGUGUUAUGGAUGAUGUGUGUGUGUGUGUGUGUGUGUGUGUGUGGCAGGGGGGGGGGGGGGCGGGGUUUACCUUACCACGGUGACAUUAGUGUUAGACUUACUUGAACGAGAACAAGAAGAUGUUACUUAAGUAGAUUCUACUUUAAAGCAGAUAGAUCUCUCUCUCCUCCUGACCUCUACUUCCUGUAUUUCUGUGUUUUAAUGCUUCGUCUCUAUGCCAGUGGACUCACUCAUCUCACUAUGGCUGUACAUGUGCCUUUUAUUAAAGAUCAUGGAACCUGCACUGCACGGCUGCUUGCUUGCUUGUUUGUGUGUGUGUGUGUGUGUGUGUGUGUGUGUGACUGUAGAAUAGAGCUGGCUUUCUGAGACCGUUGGUGUGUAUAAAUAUUGCAUUCAAUACUGCAGUAAUGAAAUCUAAAUUUAAUUUUAAAGCCUUGUGUGGAUGAUGGAUAUGUUUCAUUGAAUUUGUUGGGGGAGAAUAUGAAUCACUUUCAGUGCAAAAUGAAUCACCCAGCAUCUGAACAAUAACACACAUUGGCAGUUAUCAGUUAUUGCUUGUAUGAGAGUAAAAUGAUGCCUGAAGAGUUAAAAGGGAGAGCAUUUUAUAAUAUAAUGUAAUGAUUCUGUGUGUUUGUAAAAUUCUAUCGGACAUUGAUCUGUAUAUUUGGAUAGUUUCCACAUGUCUCAGCAGGAAAAGCACAGGUGCACAUAAUAAAAUGAAUGACGACUGAAUUCCACUUUGAGCAGAGACAUCGUUAACAGGAUUAGUAACACCUGUGCUUUGCCUGCUAUGACGAGUCAAAAAUGUAUUGAAUGUAUCAUUUCCCCAUUGGUAGAAAUGGAGUUUAAAUAAUUAUAAGUCAAUCAACAUGAAAUUAUUUGGCAUACAUUUUGAUAAUCAGUUAAUUAUUUUUAGUCCAUUUUGAAUGCAGAAACCCCCACAUUUGACUAAUUCAAAUGUUGCAGAACCUUCUGCAGAUUAAUCAGUAAUGUAAACGAGUGUUGCAGCCCUAGAGCUGUACAAACUGAUGAGCAAAUGAAGAAGUGGUCUAAUGACUUUUAUUGUGCUACAUGUGAGGACAGUGUGCUGACAGUCUGUGAGCAGGAGGGGGCGCUAAAGUCUCGUAUUGAGAAACCUCUGUCCUUUUCCACAUUGACUUGUUUUCACGAGUGUGAAAAGUUUAACAUUAACAUUAACGCCCUUAAACUAUAAUGUCCUGAAUGAUCAACCAUGUUAAUGCAACAUAUUUCACUUGCUCGAUAGUUAUUCAGACAUUAAAAUGCCAUUCAUCUCC